ACCAGCAGGUUGGUACUCCGCAGCAAGAAGAAUUUGUCGAGAUCUUAUACAUUUAGCUGCAGCACGAGAUCCAGAGUUGGCAACAACAUCACCUUGCAUUUAGGUCGUCUAAAAUAAACACUCUUGAUGUCUUAAACUGUUGUGGAACUGAGAGAGAGAGAGAGAACGAGAGAGCGAGAGUGAGAGACCAAGACGAGGAGAUCUCUUGGAGCAGUGAUGGAAGAACUUACCGCGUUUGUGUCGAAGUCUUUUGAUCAGAAAGUGAAGGAAAAGAAGGAAGUGAUCACGUACAGGGAGGUGCUGGAGACCGGAUCCGCGCGAGCCAGGGAGGGUCUCGCCAGCGAACCGAAUCGCGAGGAAAUGAACGAUAUCGCUCGGGUAGACGCGCGAUCGCCAGGCAGGGAACCGGACAUGCUGGGGCCAGAGAGAACCAGGGAUGUGGGAAGCCCGAAACUGAUCGAUGGUACCACGCACAUGAAAGAGAGAAAAGAGGACACAAAGCAAAUGGAGGACGAGGCACAGACUAAAAUCAAGCAGAGGAGAAGUCGGACUAACUUUACACUGGAGCAAUUGAACGAGCUAGAGCGGCUAUUCGACGAGACCCACUAUCCAGAUGCCUUCAUGCGGGAGGAGCUGAGCCAGCGGCUAGGGCUGUCCGAGGCUCGAGUACAAGUUUGGUUUCAGAACCGGAGGGCCAAAUGCAGAAAGCAGGAGAAUCAGUUACACAAAGGAGUUCUCAUUGGAGCCGCGAGUCAGUUUGAAGGUUGUCGCGUAGCGCCAUAUGUCAACGUGGGGGCCUUACGGAUGCCAUUCCAACAGGAUAGUCAUUGCAACGUGCCGCCCUUCUCCUUUCAGGUCCAGGCGCAACUGCAGUUGGACAGCGCGGUGGCCCACGCGCACCAUCACCUGCACUCUCACCUGGCAGCGCACGCCCCUUACAUGAUGUUUCCGGGCCCGCCAUUUGGUUUGCCCUUGGCUACACUCGCGGCUGAAUCCGCCUCUGCUGCCUCGGUUGUGGCCGCAGCUGCAGCCGCCAAAAACACCAACAAAAACUCCAGUAUUGCAGAUCUGAGACUCAAGGCCAAAAAACACGCGGCAGCUCUGGGACUGUGACUAGGCGUGCAACAAGGCGUCUAUGGCGUCUAAAAAGGCCUACAUUAUUGACUUGAGAGUCAUCAACAACGCAGAGGCAUCAAAACAAAACAUGCUUUACAAAGUGAAAGCAAGGACAUAUAUGUUUUUUUGUUUGUUUUUUAAACGAAGGACAUCAUGUAUAACUAUAGAAAAUAGGCUAUUUAUGAGAUAAAAACAAAGAUAGACUGUGAAAUCGAUAAUAAAGGGCGGGAGUUGAUGUAGGCUAAGUCUUCACAAAUGCCACGUGGUAAACUGCACCAAAGUGAAACUAGGGUGGAGGUGUCAACGAGCAAGAUUUCCAAGAGGAACGAUGCCGCAUGGGACGUUCGACUCUUUGUGAAACAAGGAGAACUAUUCUGCGUUGUUUUUCAUUAUUAGGCUAUGUUAUUUCCUUUUGACACUAUAGAGGCUGGCCUCGUUAUAUUUCAAAAACGUGUUCUCUGUAAAGGAAACGGAAGCGGAUGUUCGUGAACGAAUAGAGACAACAACAACAAAAAAUACACUUAUGUGACAGGUUUUUUUCUGUUCUUUUUCUUGUCCAAAUGAAAACUCCUCUGCAGUGUUGCAUGAAUGUCUUUCCUCACAGAUGACGUUAUUUUAGUCGGUUCCAUUUCACUCUCGUGCUCUUCCUCCGUGGACAGCAGACAGACAGACAGAUACUCCGAGGACCUGAUGAAGCUCUCACUUCAAAUGUCACAGUAUUUGGAUCUCUUGGCUUCUCGACGUGUCGGGAUGUGUGGAAUUCAGACAUUUGCCCGAAAAUGUUACAUUAUUUUGUGAAUGGUGAACUUCCGUUAGUCUAUGAUGUUUUAUACAAUUGCAACGGAGUGCAUUUGCGAGUGAUUCGACCCACUGAAUGCGCAAUAUAUGUCACAUGUUAAGAACGACAAAAUAUUAGGUCAAUAAUUGCAGUAGGCUAUAUGUGAGACGGUACGGAGCACAUGUAAAAUAUGUUAAUACACAAGAAACAUGCAUUAUUUUUUGUUAUUUUGUGGCUUAUGAGUGCAUUGUGAGAGCAUUUUUGUUUUCUAUUUUACUGUCCUUCCGUGUGUAAAAAUCAUGUGCAUUCUGUAGGCUAUGUAAUGUUGAUGUUUUUAUAACAGUGAAAGUGAACGUAGCCCUACCUGAGGCACGGAUUUCUAAAAAUAUCAUAGAAAUUCUUAUACUUUUUUCAUCACUUAUGUGAAACGUGAAGUCACCUGAACAACAUGUUUUCGGUUCAUAGAAUAAAUCAACUGAAGUUUCUUUCUA